AUGUCCGAUGCUAAAAAGGAUAUCACGUUUUUAUUGAAAGCAACGGUGAAUAGAAAGAAAGGGAAGGUUCUAUUUGCACAAGUAGACAGUGCCUUUGCAGAUGUGUUGCUAAGCUUCCUAACGUUGCCAUUGGGAACUAUUGUCAAGACCUUGAAGAAGCACCAUGAGGAUGUACUGCAAGAAUUUGGAAGCUUGACCAGUUUGUACACUGGUUUAGCAAAUCUUGAUAGUGUCCAUUUCUGGGGGGGAGAAGGUGCUAAGUCGAUUCUUCUGCAUCCAAAAAGUUCAUUUGAUGCUGACCGUCAAAGACUAAAACUCGAUAUUAGUGAUUCCCCACCAUUGGAAUAUUUCGAUUGUCCCAAGAAAUGCAGAUCUUUUGCAAGAUUUAAAAGCAUAAGUAUGUACUAUGACAAACCUGAAUACUGCAGAUACUGCGGUAGUAGUCCAAUGAAUAGAGAAGUGGCUAAAAAUGAAGUUCAGACUGCUCCUUGUGAUGAUGGAGUUUUCAUGAAGAAGACGUCGUCUUUUCUGCUCACUGAUGAUCUGUAUAUAAUGCCUAAUGCUGGGCUCUUGCAAAUUGCCCGCGUCCUUGGUGAUAUAGACAUGGAUGAGGCUGAGACGCUGAAUGUUACCUUUGAAUUACAUGAGGUCUUGAGGUUGCUCAUGUUUUCGUUGAUUUCCAAGAACCCGUUGUCCAUUAUCAUACUUAAUGCACACCUGGAAUAUAAAAAGGUAACUGAAUUCACUGAAAAUGUGUCCAACUAUAACUCCAAAAAGAUGAAUUUGAAAUUGGUGGUGCAAAAGUCCACGAAAAAGCUACUGUAUGCUGAAGCUGAGGAAGAUUUUGUAGACUUUCUGUUCAGUUUCCUCAUAAUCCCACUAUGUAGAGUCAAGUACCUUUUGCUCCGAAUGUUUCCUAACUCUCGUGAUAAGGCUAUCGAUAACUUGUUUAUGAGUGCAAUUGAUUGUAUCCAUGAUAAGUAUUACAAGCAUCCUGAUGCCAAAAAUUGGCUAAUGACGCUCAACAUUCGUCAUGGUUAUAUUUUAAAAAAUCACAUUUUACCGUUAACUGAAGAAGAGUUGCCUGAGAUCUACAGAAAUGUCGAUUGGCUUCGUUCAACUAAUUUUCCAAAUGGGCAAGGGAACUAUCUUAUAGGACCAAGAACCUACAAGGUUACUGAUGAUUUAACUGUGACACCUUUUUGUAUCGUCUCUAUCCUUUCCAAUCUGAAUGAGAAUAAUAUCCCAAUGUCGGAUGUCGAAGAAGUGGAGCUGCAAAUCAGACUGAAAGAGGGCUUAAGCAUACUGAAAGCGUCUCUUACAUCCAAAUGUGCUCUCACUGACGCGCUGCUCUCUCAAGUAAUGAACCGACAACCAACGAGAGAACAAGGGUGACAAUGCUGGCUUAUAUUAUAAACUAUGGUGGCUGCAUUUCUUGUUUUUAGUAAUGUUCAUUUAUGCAAACAUUUUGUCUCUCUGCAGAUUGUUGUUCAAUGUCCAUUUCUCUUGAUCUAAAAUUCAUGUACUUGUCCUGA